GUCAUUGUCACAUGAUCAUUCCGAGAUAUAAAGACUGAAGGAAAAUAUCUAAUAAAUUAAAAAAUCAAGCGAAAUGAUCGCAUUUUUUCAAAAAAUUCUUGAUUGGUUCCGGAGUUUGUUCUGGAAGGAGGAGAUGGAGCUUACACUUGUUGGUUUACAAUAUUCUGGAAAGACAACGUUUGUUAACGUCAUAGCGUCUGGUCAAUUCAGUGAGGACAUGAUACCAACUGUAGGAUUCAAUAUGAGAAAAAUUACCAAAGGAAACGUUACAAUAAAGUUAUGGGACAUUGGUGGACAGCCAAGAUUUAGGAGCAUGUGGGAAAGAUAUUGCAGAGGAGUAAACGCCAUUGUCUAUAUGGUUGAUUCAGCUGAUCACGAGAAAAUGGACGCUUCCAGAAACGAAUUGCAUAGUUUACUAGACAAGCCGCAACUGGAAAAUAUUCCUGUUUUGGUUUUGGGUAAUAAAAGAGAUUUGCCUGGAGCUCUGGACGAAAAGCAGUUGAUUGAUCGAUUGAAUUUGUCAGCCAUUCAAAAUCGUGAAAUCUGCUGUUAUUCAAUAUCCUGUAAAGAGAAAGAAAAUAUCGGUUAG